AUGCCGGCCGCCAGCUCUGCCAGCUCCACCGCAAACGGUCGCUCCAGCCGAUCUGGACCUUCCAAAAGGAUUGUUGUCCUCAAGCUGUCUACCGAUCUGCUGAGCCAGUUCGUGACACCACCGCCCGAGGGAAAGGACAAGAAGAGCAAACGGGGUAGCGUCAGCAACACCGACUCGCCCGUCAAGAUUCAGGAGCCUUCGUCCCCGGCUUCCUCGUCCGCCGAACUACCUCUCCCUCCUUCGUCCGUGGACAAUGCCUCCGAUGCUGCAUCCACCCCCGCCGCAGGCACCUCGGCUGCAGACACACCUCGCCGCAAAGGCGUUCCGGGCCCUAAGCCGGGCACCAAACGGGGCCUCAACCAGACGGGCGAGACCACCCCGAAGCCGAGAGGCAAGCCGGGUCCCAAGAAGAAGCCCCGACUUGAUGACGGCACUGUCGACACUGCCAAGUUGGUGGCCGCUCACAAGCUCGGUCCCAAGGCCAACUUGGGUGCCAUCAAUGCUGGUCUACGCGCUCUAGAUCGCACCGGGGCCCCUUGCCGUCGCUGGGAGCGUAAGCCUCUUCAGCUCAAGAGCUUUACCGGUAUCCAAUGGAUUCUGCCUUCUUGGCGUACUCCCCGUCCGUUGAAGUCCGAGGAGAACGACGAGGCUCAGGGCAUGGCUCUUGAGACUGGUGACAGCGACAGCAAGGCCAACCAGAGUGCCAGUGGCGUCCCCAGCGAGAAGAGCACUGGUGACGGUGAACUUACUCCUGCUCCGCCUAACCUGACGGAAGCGUCUUCUCCUGUCAUCGCCAUGACUGCUUGA